GGUGCGACUCGAUCACUCAAGCAGUCCAGCCCAAGUCGUCGCGCACCUCGGGCGAUCCGACCUCGCCGUUGCUUGCUCAGACGCCGGAGACGACGACGACGGCGGCGGCGGCGGCGGGGACGAGAUGACGGUGUUCCACUUCCUCAACUGCGCCGCCCUCACCUUCGGCCCCCACGUCGUCUACUACUCGGCCACCCCGCUGUCAGAGUAUGACACAAUUGGCACUUGUGUAAAAGCGGCUGUUGUUUAUCUUGGAACAGCACUAGUAAAGCUUGUUUGCUUAGCGACAUUGCUCAAAGUACCUGAGAAUGAUAGCUUUGAUCCUUAUCAGGAAUUGAUGAAAAUCUUUAUUGGGUUUAUAGAUGUUGCUGGUCUUUAUUUUGCUUUGACACAGUUGACUCAUAGAAACAUCUCCCAGAAUCACAAGUUUCAGGCAGUUGGUCUUGGUUGGGCUUUUGCUGACUCAGUUCUGCACCGUCUGGCGCCUCUCUGGAUUGGUGCAAGAGGACUUGAAUUUACGUGGGAGUACAUUUUUCAAGGACUUGAAGCAAAUGCCAAUCUUGUUAUGACGCUGUCCCUUGCUGCUUUAGGAUCCUUGAUGUGGCUGAGGAAAAACAAACCUAGGACUUUGGUGCCAAUAAUUUAUGCAUGUGCUUUGCUUCUGGCAACAAUGCCAUCUAUCACCAGUUACUUGAGGAGAUCAUUAGAGUGGCAGACUCCAAAGGUGGUUGGCUUCGAGCUGUUCUCCUCACUGGUCAUGGCUUUCAUCAGCUGGCAGCUGUUCUCAGCUUGUCAGAGACCAAUGUAAGGAAUGAGUUUGCAAAUUGCCGGAGAUUCACGCUCCUGAGAUGGCUCCUGUUGUACUUCCACAGAAUUAGGAUGCGCCUUUUCAGCCUUGACACUAUCUUUUCUGGGGGUUCGAUCAUAGAACUUAUUAUUUAGAAUCCUUUUUCUGUAAGUUUUAGUGGAGAAACACAUGCUCCAGUGAGUUGCCAUUGUUAACAGCUCUUAUAGGCAUUGAACUAAAAGUAUAUUUUGCCCCUGCUGUGCUUCUUCUGUCAACCGCAUGGCAUCAUCUAAAAUGAAAGCCUAUAACAUUCAGUUUUGUCAUCAGUUUAUGGGAAAGUGAGUACACUAAACAUGAUUCAGUGCUGAUGAAUGAUGGUGAUGAUGUGAUCA